AUGUCCGAAUCCUUCUCUGAAGAACCACCGCGUAAUAAGAAGAAGAAGCCAUCCAUGUCUCCGUCGUUUUCCUUAUCGUCGCUGCCAGAUGAGGUGGCUUUGAGCUGCAUGGCUCUACUCUCGAGAUCGGACCAUGCAUCCUUAUCUCGCGUCUCCAAGAGAUACCGCUCUCUCGUGGCUUCCCCUGAGCUCUACAAGAUUCGCUCGCAGCUAGGUUACAGCUGCUUCUACGUAUGCUUGAGCAUCCACGGUCCUUACUCAACCCCACGUUGGUUCAUCAUCAGCCGUGAAAAAACCGUGAACAGGCUCAUGACCCCUAUCCCUCCUUGCCCUUCUUCUCACCCUUUGAAAGGAUUCUCCGUGGUGUCGCUUGACUGUGGCAUAUAUGUAAUCGGUGGGUCCAUAACGAGAAAGAGAGAGUACUUCCGUUCUUCGGACCCCCCUUCUUCUAGUGUGUUGCUCUUGGAUUGUCGGACUCACACGUGGCGUCAAGUCCCUUCCAUGAAAGUGGCUCGAUGUGAGGCGGCUGCUGGAGUCGUUGAUGGGAAGAUAUACGUGUUUGGAGGCUGCGGCCAUAAUGAGACCUAUGGAGAGGUAUUUGACCCAAAGACUCAAACGUGGACUACUUUGCCGCCAGUGCCGGAUAGUGUAAAAGAGUAUGUCCCAUUCAAAAAGACCAUGGUGAUGGGUGAGAAGAUUUACCCAGUGCCUUUCUGGAAUUCACCAAACCUAUUAUACUACUCUCCCAACGAAGGUAUAUGGGGAAGAAGGAUGAAGGAUGUUGAUGUUUCGAAGAUAGGAACCAAAAGUUAUUGUUUUAGUAUGGCAGAGAAUGUAUUAUACAGUUGUGAUGACUACGGGAAUAUGUUUUGGAGUGAGCCAGAGGAUUCGGAUUGGAAUAAAGUCGAGGGUUUAGGGGCUCUACAUAAUCAUUUUUACAAACCGCUGGCUAGCUUUAUUUGGGAUACGUCACCGUGUGAUGAGUUGUUGAGAACUUUCGGUACCAACAUUUUGAUCUUUUGGUUCAAGUAUAACCCUAAGAAUACGAAAGUGGAUAUCUGGUGUGCCGAGAUUUCCUUUGAAAGACUCCAUGACAAAGGUGAGAUUAUCGGUAAGAUUGAGUGGUUGCAAUCUGUUGCUGGAGUUAAAGGCCAUUCCUCGAGUCACCUUGAGGUUUUACAUUCUGCUUAUGUCAAUGUUUAG